AAUGUGGACACAAGUAUUCCAGGAAUAAUGGUGCUCCGUCAGAGUUUUCUCAUCAUUCUUGCAUUCUUUGGGCUGGUAUUGUGUGGGCUCAUUUACCUGAACACCAACCAGAACAGUUGCAAACCGCAGAUAAUAGAAAGAGUCAUCACCAAGGCAAAGUGGAAGCUUAAGAACUCUGGAUUGUGCUCAUCGCUGGGGUUUUUGUACAACCAGCCCAGUGCGCUGGUAAGUCGGACAGAUGUUGCUUCUGUAACGUCAUGGUUAGCCCCAAUCAUUUGGGAGGAAACCUUUGACGCCACACUGAUCGACUUUAUCUACAAACAACAGAAUCUCACCAUAGCGACCACAGUCUUCGCUUUGGGAAAAUACACACGUUUUCUCAAAGAGUUUCUGGAGUCAGCAGAGCAGCAUUACUUUGUUGGAUUUCGAGUGAAUUACUACUUGUUUACGGAUCUACCAGAAGAAGUUCCUGAAGUUAAGAUGGGUGAAAAUCAUAGUCUGACAGUUCGAAAGGUUCCAAGUAUGAACAGAUGGCAGGAUAUCAGUAUGGGCAGGAUGGAAAUACUGGAGAAACUAAUAGAGAAUGAACUGGCCAGUGAGGCCGACUAUAUUUUCUGCCUUGACGUAGAUACAAAGUUCUAUAGCCGCUGGGGUGUGGAGUCUUUGGGUCGUCUGGUUGGUGUGAUACAUCCUUGGUUCUUUGAUGCUCCAAGGGAUCAGUUCACAUAUGAGCGUAGACCAGAGUCUAAAGCAUACAUUCCAGCUGGAGAGGGUGAUUAUUAUUUUACUGGCGCUGCAUUUGGCGGCUCACUGGAGGAUGUACAUCAUCUCACCAAAACCUGCCGGGCAGAGAUGAAAAUUGAUAUUGCAAACUCCAUUGAGGCGAUAUGGCACGAGGAGUCUCACUUGAACAAGUAUUUCCUUUAUAAUAAACCCAGUAAACUGCUUUCUCCUGAAUAUCUGUGGCGGGACAUCAAUGCCGGGGCAGCCCAAAUAAAAGUAGUUCGCUUCUCUCAUGUAGCUAAAAACAAUGCAGAAGUGCGUCCAAAUGUGUAGCAUCUGUUGCCAGUAUUGAGCUACACUGACAUGGUGUGUUCUCGCAGGCCUCCCACACUGUGAAUCUGUAAACAGGUAAUAUUGACAACAUAGAAGUCUACAGCUGCCACCAACAAAUGGAUAAUCAGAGACAUUUACAGAUAUUUAUGAGCACAAAGUGGCAUCAGGAGCUAAAUCUGCCAAAGUAAUCUUGAUGAAACACGCACAAUAUGCUAUAAAUACUCUUGAGUUUAUUAUACAACAAAACACCAUUUAAAUGUGUAUUGAAAGCAAUGACAACCCUUUGUUUUACCUCUUCUUUAAAGAGAGUCAAGGGAGGAAGUUUAGGGUGGAAGUCAGGUAGAUACAGGGUCUGAAGUAAAAACCAAUGGUGAACUUUAAUUGGUAUUUUCUAGCUACUACAUAAAUAUGAUUUUACUUUUUAACGUAAUCUCAUUAAUAUUCAAAGUAAUUUGCACAUAUGGUUGCACCUGCCUUUUUGUAUGUUUGGGUAUACACUGAAACAAUGUAUGAC